CAAGGCCUAUAAUUACUAUAAAAGAAGAACAGAAACAACCAUAUCACAGUCAGAUAUAAAAUACUUAGUAAUCAAACCGCGUUUUAAUCAAAAUUGUUUAACAAUAAAUCAUCGAAAUGUUAAAAGUAUUUAUUGUAACUUUUUUUGCUUUUCAACUCAGCGCUAGUUCAAACGGACAAAGGGUUGCAGUGUCCUUUCCUAAGGAUAAAACGACAAUAGUCGUGGAGGCCAUGAAAAGCUGUAUCGCGAAGACAGGAGCGAAUCCGAACGUUAUAGAAGUGAUCAGUAGCGGCAAGGUAUCUGAAGAUGAAAAAUUCAAAGAAUUCUUUUACUGCGCUUGCAAUGAUAUAGGAGUUGUAAAUCCUGACGGACACAUAAAGGUUAAAGAGUGUAUUGAGCUCUUCCCAAAAGAAACACAGCCACUGGUUGAACCUGUCAUUAAGAAUUGUGACAAAGAAGGGGUCAAUAAAUACGAUACACUUUUUAAAUAUUUAAAGUGCUUUCAAGAAACGUCUCCAGUUCGUGUUACGCUAGCAUAAAUCUUAAAAGUUUCUAAAUUUGCGGAUUCCUUUUAAAAUAUAUCUAAUUAUGGCCUGUUUAAUUUAUGAAUAAUUGCAAUAUUUUUUGCAAUUAUUUGCAAUAAUUUUAACGGCCGUCUGGUGUAGUGGUAAGUGACAUGGUCACUACACAAGGGGGUCGCGGGUUCGAAUCCCGCCAAGGGAAGAUAUUUGUAUGAUAAAUAUAAAUGUCUUUUCCAGGGUUAUGGAUGUAUAUUAAAUAUAUGUAUGUGUAUAAUAAAAAUCUUACAUUUAUAUCCGUUAUCUGGUACCUGUAACACAAGUUCUUUACGAACUUAUCACGGGACCGGUUAACGUGGUGUGGUUGUUAGUAAAUAUUUAUUUAUUUAUUAUUUAUUUAUAUUUAUAAUAAUUUAUUAGAGCCAAAACACAAAAUAAAAGCAUUACUUUCA